CUGGGGAAAUACGGGAUAUGAAAAAUUUUCGUGUAGUAUGGUCUGCUGUUGUUUCGUCCAGUGCAGGGUUAGGUUGUUCGAUUUGUAUUUCUUUAUUGUUUGAUGAUAAGUGUCCAUUGGUGGAACUUUCCUGCUGUUUUAGGAAUUACUGCCCAGAAUGACUGUCGACAUGGAGGAUUUUGAUUUUAACAACUACUCGGAUUCUGAUGAUGGAGGUGACGAGGAGCACAAGCGGCUGCUUACUGCAAUCUCAAAAUUAGAUAAAAGAAAAAGAGUGCUUCCUUCAGAGAGAAGAGAACCAAGUUUACAGGUGUCAGAAUUUCACCUCUCGAAAGAAACUAGUUCUGAUGUGAAUGCAGUUCAUUUACGAGAUCUUGCUAAGUCCUUAAGCCUCAAAGCAAGUCAUGGAGAAAUUGCACGCAAACUCAAAGCUACUCAGAAAAAAUCCAAAACUCUACCAAAACCCCUUGAAAAACCAGCUGCAAAUAAGAUAAGACGAGAAGUUGGAUUUGAAAAUGUUAAAGAGCAACUUAGUCAGUGGGACCCUGUAGUACUGAGAAACAGGAUCUCUGAUGACCUUGUGUUUCCUCUUAAAAGUUCGAAGGGAACUCGGCUCAACCCUGAGGAGUUUCUGUCUCCUCAUCAGGGAGCAACUGAAUUAGAGAGACAGAUUGCUGCAGUUCUGAAUGAUAGUCCAUCUGUUCAAAAGGAGAGAGAAGAAAAAGAAGAGUACCCCUUAAGUUUAGAAGAAAUGAUUCAGCGGCGAAAAGAGCUUGCCAGAAUAAAAGCUCAAGAAUCCUACCGACAAGCAAAAGCCCAUAGACAAAACAAAAUUAAAAGCAAGAAGUUUCACCGAAUUGCUCGCCGUGAAAAGAUUCGUAAGCAAAUAAAAGAAUUUGAAGAGCUCCAACAGAAAGAUCCUGAAGCAGCACUGGAACGUCUAGAAGAAAUUGAAAAGGAAAGGGUUUUGGAAAGAGCUUCUUUGCGGCAUAAGUCAACAGGCCAAUGGGCAAAAAACCAAGCAGUUCGUGCCAAAUAUGAUAAAGAGAGUCGCCAAGUUCUGGCAGAACAGCUCAAGAUCAGUAAAGAUCUUACUCAAAAAAUUCAAGCUGACUCAGAAAGUAGUGAUGAAGAACUGGUUGUGGAGCCUGAAUCAGCAGUUUCUGACAAUCCAUGGAUUGCCCAAACAAAAUCUGAAGCAGAUGUAGAUGUGUUCUUAAGUGGAUACCGAAAAUAUUGGAAUGAAAAGGCAAAAGAGAAUCAAAAGGACACAAUUGUUGGCACAAAUGCAGAUUCAACUCCAGGAGAAAAGGCGUCUGAUACUGUGUCUGUACUUGAUGUUGAAUUGGAAGAUCCUAAAGCUCAGGCUCUUCUUAAAACUGCUGUAGUUUCCUAUUCAGAGAUCAAACAAAAUAAUGAAAAUAGCUUUGCACAAAUGAACCCUCCAGAUUCUAAACCAGAAUCCAAUUCUCCCUCUAAAAUGAAGAAGGUAAAGAAAAUCAAAAAAACCUUGAUGGCAAUUAAAGCUAAAGCUGGAAAGAAGACUGUUACUGCAUCUUGUGGGAAAUGGGAAGUUACUCCAUUGGAAACACAAGUAGUUAAUGUCCGCAGCCUGGUUGACAUGUUUGAUGGCUUGCACGAAAAGAUUACUGAAAAAGCUAAACUGAAGAUUUCUAAUUUAAAAGAACAGUUGAUACCACAAACAAACCUACCUAGAAAAGGAAAAAAAGAAAAGAGGAAAACCAAUGCUUCUGAUACAUCUAACCUUCUGGAAAUGAAACGUCAAAAGGUCCAGAUCGAUCUUGAUGAAAAAUUGGAUGAAGGUUCAACUACAAAUGGUGAUUUUGUCAGUGAGCUGACUGAAAAAAUUCAACUUGCAAAAUCCAAUCUUUCCAAUGACAAGCCCUCGACAUCAGGAGUUCCUGAAUUGGACCCAAACAAAUUUAUGAAGACUGGUCCUAUCAAGCUGCGGACUGCAUUACCUGAUGAAAUAACUGGUGGAGACGAGGCGCUGGAUGAUAGUGAUCAUGAGGGAGGUGAAAAAGAGAAGCAACUGACAAUUUCUGAAGCUUUUGCUGAUGAUGAUGUGGUCGCUGAUUUCAGCCAGGAAAAGCAAGAUGCAAUUAAUAAGAGUAAGCCGGAAGAUAUUAACUUGCAUUUACCCGGCUGGGGUGAUUGGGGAGGACAUAAUAUCAAACCAAAUCAACGUAAACGCAAGAGGUUUAUUGUGGAAAUGCCAAAACCACCACCCCGUCGUGAUGAGAACAAGGGAAAUUUGAUAAUUAAUGAUACUGAAGACUCAGCAGCAAGAGCUCACCAGGUCAGCGAAUUGCCUUUCCCAUUUACAAGUGUCAAGGACUUUGAGGCUAGUGUACGGGCACCAAUUAGCAAUACUUUCAUCCCAGAAAGUGCUCACCGUAAACUUAUUAAACCAUCUGUAAGGACAAAGAUGGGAGCUAUAAUCUCUCCAAUGGACAAAGAUGUUCUCAUCAAACGACAGCAGAAAAAAUUGUAAUGUAUCAGUACAUUACAUCAGAAGUUAAAAUUUAUGAAUUGUUAUCAGAGAAUAUCUGUAUAAUAACUUAAAAUUACGAUUACUAUAACUGUAAGGGUAUGGUUGUUAAUGAAGGUAGUAGAUUUAAUCAAUGUAUAUUUCUGCGUAUCAAUUUACAAUUAUAGGUGAAAAGAUUA